AUGGCAGCCACCAUCGUGAGGUGGUGGCGGUGGUUUUUGUUGGUUCCUAGACAAGCAGCAACACACCCAAGAUUUAGUUUGCAAAGCGCACCCAACCACCCACCUGGUGGCGUUUGGCAAGGGCAGCAGCAACUCAAGCGGCUCAUCGGUGGCACCACGGUGGUUUGGGAUGCAACAGGAGAAUGGUGUGACAAAUGGCCACCGGUGCGCAAGAAACAAUUGCUCGGGACGGCAGCAACGAUGCGACGUCGGAAAGAAUUGGAGAAGGAGAUUGGCGGUGCGAAACCCACCGAGCGAAGCAGCAGCAGCAGUGGCAUAGAGACUUCGCGAUCCUCGCCGGCGAUUGGAGCGACGACAGCGUUGGAGGGUGGACAGCAAUACUUACAAAGCUAA